AUGUUACUAGGAUGUAGUUGUAGAGGUUUCUUUGUGAGAAUUGAUCGUAUGAAUAAUGAGGAGGCGGCAGGUUGGAUUGAUGGAGUUGUGGGCGCACCCAACACUAGAAUAUGUUUUUCUGAAGAAUUUGUCCCAAUAAGACAAAAAGGAGCUCAAAAUUUAUUCAAAAUGCAACUUAACCGCAUUGAAUUGAGGCCGAUGGAAGAUAUUUGCAAUGCUGUCAGUAGUCAAGCCGCAAGAAAUGCCUUCUUUUGGAGUGAAUUGCCAUUUCUUUCCAUUCAUUGUGACUUUGAGGACGCUUAUUUUAUAUUUAUCCAUGUUUUAAUGACUUCACGCUUUAUGUAUGGUGUUUUUUGUGAUUCUUAUUUGAAUAUCAGUUCAUGCUCCUAUCUUCUGUCUGUCAAUCGCAAGCAAGUUUACAUUCACACUUUUUCACUCAUGAAAAUCUUUAGAGAUGGAGUUUAUGAAACAGUAAAUUCUGCGAUUAAAAAGGCUACAAAACAGUAG